UUUGGAUUGCUAUCUGUUGAAAAGUAAACAUUCUGUAUUACUUGCAAGGCAUUAUUUUGGGAUGCCUUCUCCAAUACUAGUUCACAUACUCAUCUACAAAUAGAAAGAGCAAUCUAUGAAAAGGGCCAGUGGUACCAUUGCAAAAGGCCACUGCACACACAGUAGGUGCCAGAGCAGUUCAUGUUCUCUAACAAGCUAGUGCCUUUUUGCACAUGUUAUAGUGAUGAACUCAAGAAAAUAGCAACAGUUUGAGCCAAAAUUCUCCACAGAGAUGCCUUACCCUCUUUUGUCAUCGUGACAUUCACAGGACCAACAAGCGAGUAGUCUGCUAGAUUAGAUCACUCUUAGUUAAACUGAGGGAAAAAAGGCAGUGUAACUAGUCUAUGGUCCAAUUCCUGGAAACUCUGCAAUACACUAGUAUAUGGGCUUGGCAGAGGGAUUCUCAGGUGGCCAGGGAUGGCAACUCCAAGGGUAUGUCUACAUGACAGCUUGGAGCAAGUCUCCCAGGCAGCAUAGGCAGACUUGUAUUAGAAGGGCUUGUGCUAGUGUGCUAAAAAUAGCUGUGUGGAUGUUGCAGCACUGGUGAAGGCUCAGGCUAGUCGCUUGAGCUCUCAUGGCUAGCCCGUGCCUCCAUUGGUGCUGCAACAUCCACAUACCUAUUUUUAACACGCUAGUGCAAGCCCCACUAGGACAAGCAUGUCUACCCAGGCUGGGAGGCUUGCUCCUAGUUAGUGUAGGGACAUAUUCCAACAUAAGCCUUGGAGCAUAUCCACAUCUAUUACUGCAAUAGGAAGGCUGCAGCUGCUCUUCUGAUUUCCACAGGGGUGCUUAGUUUACCCAUUAAACUCUUCCUAGUCUGCUCAUUAGACACAUAUCUAAGACCCCUCUUGUUCUGCAGACCAGGUCAUUGGAACACAAUAAAUGGAGACGCCUUGAAGGGCUUCUUGUAUUCCAGCAUAAUCACACAAGCUCUGCUGCCUACUGGGACCUUUUUACACACUGAGCAGGGGGUAAGAUUUUUCCCCUCAUUAUUUGAAAUUCUCUCGGUACAAAUUCAGUAUGGAACCAGACAGGGGAAACAAAGCCAAUUGCAAAAAGAAAAGUACAUGGAAGGGAUAAAAUACUUUACACUUAUGCAGCACUUUUAAGAAUCUUGCAGCUGAGGAUCUUGCAGCUUUUAAAUGAGAUAUGUAUCUUUUGGACAAUCAAAGGAGCUACUUCGUUCCUAUGGACCCCAAAUUGAAUCCAACAUAUGUAACCUUUUGACCAUUGGUUACUGUGCUAUCAUGUCUUGCAGCUAAACCUAUCCGGGGGUGUGGGACAGCCUACCCUGUCACUUUCCCCACCCAUGGAAAAUCCAUAUAUUCCAUUGUAAUCAAUUGAUUGACGGUGUCUCUGAGCCUAAUAAGUGAAGUGACACUCCGUCAGUGCUGUACAUAAUAAACUCCUAUGUUUGACCUCAACACGGUGUGGAUUUAUGUCCUUCAGUAUGGCCAGGGGAAAGAGAUAUGGAAAGAGUGGUACUAUACUCCAACAAUGCUUGGCAUCCAGAAAGGUCCUUUAAGGACCAUUACAGUAAGGUACAUAUGAGAGCAACCUUGAGCUGCUCUAAGUUGUGCUCGGGGCCAAAAUGAGCCCAGCCAAACCAAGAUUGAAAGGAGUGUGCUUUAAAAGAUAAAGUAAAGCCACCUUUAUUUCCACUGGGUACUGUAUCAAGCAGAGCUCAAUUGCACCUAAAGAGCUAGCCCACUUCCUUUAAAUAUAAUUACAUGAAAAUUUCUCAGCAUUUCUAAACUCCAAAUGGGAAAAUGUUUGGAACCCAUUAUUGGCUUGACAGCAGUGCCAUGUUAGUGCAUUUAUUCCUGAGUAAAUGGCUUUUUGAUCAAUGACCUGCAGAAUCACCUUAGCUCUAUAGCUAACAUCAAGAUGUCUUGAUAGGUGCAGGCCACGAUAUUCUUUCAGUGUUCUUCUUCUUCCAGUCCAAUGAAAUUAAAUAUUACAGACUUUUUGGGUGCCUUUGUGUCAUGAAGUAAGAUACAUGAAUCUUUGCCAUACAAAUAUUAAUCAUAAAAUGAAAUAUUGUAUACUAAAAUGUGUUACUGAAUGUUUUAGGUUUGACAUUGUUUUUUUCUUUUUCUCUUCUCUUAUUUGGUAACUGUUAAACAGAAGUUGUGCCAAAUAGGAAGAAGAUAGAUUUUUUUUUUCCUACAGUCGUUAUACAUCUUUUUGUCAAUUCUAAAAAUGUUUACUAAUGAAAUGCUUUAUAUUCAUGGUGUUAAUAAGGCUUCAGUUUCAUAGAUUUCAUAAAGUUUAAGGCCAGAAGGGACCAUUAGAUUAUCUACUCUGACCUCCUGCAUAUCAUAGGCCAUUAAAUUUCACCCAUGGUAUUUCAGUCCUCAGAAAACUAAAUUGUUGUGAAAAGCUACAUUAAAGAAAGAACAAAGCUAAACAAAUAAAUGUUCUUAUUGAAUCUCUUUAACCCUUUAUGCCACUAACGUGAUUUUAUUUACAUAUGAUUUCAAGAGUUCAGAAAGAAAGGGGUUAAUAGUAAAGAUUUUUAUUGACCUAUUUAGUAACCAUAGAAGAUGUAUGUGCUAGAAAAAAUGCCAGUAAAUUUAUUAGAGAGAGGUUAAUUAGUAAUUAUGUACAGGGAAGGAUGCUGUAAACCAAGUUUAAAAUCCAUGAUCUUUGAUCUGCUAGAUAUAAGCAAAAGUAACAGCUGUUACCUUUAACAGCUGCUCAACAAAUAAAGGAGAAGAAUUUGAGUCAUCUCUUCCUGUAACAGCUUCACAAUGUCCAAUUUCAGCGACUUCUUACCUCUCAUUGUCUUACUGUCGAGUGUUUUGCUGACGGAACAGGCUUCAGAACCCAAUUGCAGUGGCAUUGCCGACUUUGAUAAUUGCUUGGGUAAUACAGAAGGCUUCUGUCCAAAGGAUAUUGUUUGCGGAUGUAAAGGCAACAAACCUUUUUGCAAAUGUCCUUACUACCGAGGCCUCUGGGGAGAUUACUGGUACAUGGGUCACAAAUGUGAACAACUCUGGAAUACUUUGGACUUGAUUUUAGUAACUGUACUUCCUGCAGUAACACUAGCUUUCCUAGUUGGUGUAAUAAUACAGUGUGUCUACUACUGUAAAAACAAGUCAAAUAAAAGUGUUAAAGGAGCUAGGAAACCGGCAAGACAAACGGAACUCGAGUCACAGCAUAACCAUGUGUUUGUUCCUGAGCUGGAUGAUAACUCAAGAUAUGUUUCUCAACAGCGGUGGGCUAAGGAUGACUGGUCCACAGAGAAUAUUAGAAUGCCAAAAAUUCAACUGCAAAGCCAAAGUUUUGUGCAAUCACAGUCACCUGGUGAAGUAGAAGGUUUCAGCUAUAUACCACAUCGGCCAUCAGGAAGAGCAGUUCAAAUAGCAGACAGUUCUUUCAGCCUCCAGUCUCCUCAGCGUAACCAGUUUGGCUAUCAUAACAGUCAUAUUCCUAAUGUGGAUUAUGCAGAGGACAUCCCCAUUCCAGCUAUGUCUGGGAGGCAAUUUCCUAAAUAUGGCAUACCGGAGUUUUCUAGGUCUGACAGGUUUCAGAGUGUUGCUCAACCAAUGAACAAUCCAAACGCUGGAAGACCUUAUGAACUAGGACGCUCACAAAAAUAUAUGUAACUACAAGAAAGCUUUAUAAGAAAGGAAUCAUCUAUGGAAUAUUACUCAUUAUAAAACAAAAUUCAGGUUAUUUCUGAAAAUAUCUUAUUUUGUUUCCUAUCUGAUUGAUAUAGUCCUAACCUUCUUUCUGAAGACUUGAUUAUGCAGUUGGAUAUCUGUUUCUAAGUAGUGCCCUAACUGUUGCAUAUCUGUCAAGACAAAAGGAUUUUUGUGUUCACUAAAUGCAUUUUGUGCAUGUGUGGCAGGAAAGGCCACAUAAGGCCACAUGCUCCCCUCCUACAGAAAUA